AAGGGCAGUCGCAAACGCGAUAGCCGACAACCAAGUGGAGUGAGCAAGACACCGAAUUCUCCAGUGUAGCUCGAUUCGGGAUUUAAACAAUAAUAUAAAUACCUUAACCACACUUAAUAUGCAUUCAUUCGUCAUUUAAUCGCGCUCCAGGACGCUUCAUCCAUUCCACACCUGACCGUCGUGUUCUAGUGUGUCCAACCGAGAGCGAAAAUGUUUUCCGGACUUACUAAUCAGGUCACAUCUUGGAUGGGUUCCGCGAAAGGGGACCAAGAGGAAAAGGUGCCAACUCCAACCGAGGAAGGCAACGUGGUCAGCAGUCCAGACAAGAAAGACGCUAGUCCUACCAAGCCCGGCGGUGGUAGCCGUUUGGACAUGCUCACCAACGUUAGGUCCCAAAUCGAGGGAAUCGGGGGUUGGCUCGGCUCCAGCAUUCCUAAAUUGCGAAAAGGGGAAGAAGGUGGUUUGGAGGACCAACAGGUUCCCGUCGACGAAGGUACCGCCCAGGGUUCAGCUGAGCCCGCCAAGGGGUCACCUCAGCACAAAGAGGACGACGACAAUUCCAGUUUCUUACGUAGUGCCACCGGGGGUGCCGAUUCUGGCCCGCAAUCCAUCGCUGAAACACCAACCGAGGAAAAAGAAGGUCAAUUCGGGAACGUGCAAAGCAAGGCUUUGGCUGGAGCCAAGUCCUUUGGUAACUUUUUGUACUCGGCUGUGAACAAAGCGGGAAAAACCGUGAGCGAAGCGAGUGCAAAGAUUAAAGAGACCGUGGAAAAGAACAGUAUUCUCGGCGAGUUUAACAAGGAACAGGAGGCAUUCCUGAAGGGGCAGGCAGGUAACACUGCCACCGCCCUGCCUCCAUGGGCCGGUUGCUCCAACGAGGAGGCUCUCAAGGAAGAGUGCCUCAGCUUAUCGACCGAUAAAAAGAACUUCGUACGUAGUCCCCCGGCUGGGAUUGACUUCCAGUUCGACUACCAAGUAUCUUACCCCGUUGCAAUGGCCAUAAUGGAGCAGGAUCCUAAUCUGGAAAAAAUGCGAUACGAACUUGUGCCUAAAGUAAUAAGCGAAGAGAACUUUUGGAGGAAUUAUUUCUACCGCGUCAGCCUAAUUUGCCAGGCCAAUGAACUAUCGUUCAUGUCUCGCGACGGUGACAGCCAAUCGGCCAUCAAGCCUGUCACUUCUGAUCAGCCUAUAGCUAGUUCAGAUGACGAGAUGGAAGAGUUUGUGUCAGAUAGUUUACAGGCUAGCAGUGAAGAUUUUGUCGAAGUAGCGGAACGUAUGAUGAAAACGGUGCUAGUGUCACAACCGAAGGAAGAGUGGGAGCGCGAACUCGUGGCCGAACUACACGACUACGAGGUGGUCGCCGAGGAGAAACCGGAUGGCAAAAGGGACGUCUGGGAACAGGAGAUCGAAGAAAUCGAAGAGAUGUUGAAAGACGGAACUGACCUAAAAUAAGCAUACUUUGCGUGAGAUUGGGGCUUCUACUCCUACAUGGUCCGACUGAUUUGGCAUUCCAUUCAUUAUACGAUCUUAACUGAUUAUCUAGUCAUUUUCUGUCAGAGUUAGGAACGAUGUUUAAGGCACUAUCUACUCACCAAACGCCGGAACGUCGAUCUCAAUUUCGACCGUCCCUACUCUGAUCACUGAAUGUACUGAGUUUAUGUAACGUUGUGAUAGUUGGUACACUUCGGGUCUACACCUGCAACAUCUUACAGAAAACCAUACAAUAACUAUUAUCACCUAAAUGUAAUAAACAUGUGUGCAUUGCUAUGGAGGCUGUUUCAAAUCAUUCCUUUUAGUAAAUAGGUACUUGUGUAAAUAAUCAUUCAACACUCUUAACGUAGUUAAUGUUAUUUUUAAAGAUAAAGUACAAUAAUUCUUUAUAUAUAUAUAAUUAUUUUUAAAUAUAUAUGUAAGGAGAUGUAUAUUUUGCACUUGAAUAUUUAGUCACUCUACAAGCCAGCUCCUCUUGUAGACGUGUCAGAUAUCCAAGCAAAUUAGCAAGGAGAAGCGACAAGCUACACAAUUGAUUUGUAGUGUUGCUAAUGAUAUAAAUUUUUCAUAAUUUGCAGGUCGUUUAAAAAUGUUAAUGUCAUAGCAUCUAAAAUGUAGCUUAUGUGUGUUACGCAUGUUUAUCCUGUAUUCUAAUUGUUAUACAUCAUAAAAUUGUUAAAUAAAUGUAGCAACUGUGCCCAGUGA